AUGGCAACCACCAUAGCUCCUCUUGCUUCACCUCCAUUGCCACUGGAAUAUUUGGCGUAUAAAACAGUGUACUGGAUUGAAACUAAUUCCUUCUAUCAAAUGUACUUGUUCUUUGAAGAGCUUAAUAAGGCUUCCAUGGAGCAACAAGCAGCCGCCUCUAACAAUUCUAACCAUCGUCGGAAUGCAACCUAUUAUUCCUAUCACGGUACAGCCCUGGCAGCACCUGUAAUGCCUUUCCAAAUUAUUGAUUUAAUUAACCACUAUGACAAAUGUUUCCGAAGAAGACCACUGUAUUCGGCGUGUGCCAAAGGCUCCCUUCCUCUCGUGAGAUAUUUGGUUGAUUUGGGAGCUCGAGUGAAUGAUUUAAACGAAUCCGAACAUACUGCCUUAUGGAUUGCCUCAAAUCAUGGUCACUUUGAAAUUGUAAAAUACCUCCUUAAGAGAGGAGCCGACAAGAAUAUGAAAUGCAAGAACGGAAAAUCAUCAAAGGAUAUCGCUUCGGAGCGUGGUCAUAAGCACAUUGUGGAACUUUUGGAAAAUUUUGAUUAUGAAAUGUACAAGUUGAUGAGAAGGAGAAAACAGAUGUUUAAAUCUCGCCUCCUAAAGUCAUCCAAUCACCAAGGAUUCUGUGAUGUGAAUGUCAUGACAUCUGAGGAAAAGAGUAAUGAAAAUCUACUGCCAUGA